AAUCUUAUUCAACUAAAUUCUACAUAUCAAAAAAGCAGACAGUCAAAUAUAUAUCUAUUCAAAUAUGAAGUUUUUUAUUCUCUACUCUGCCAUUGCUCUCUCAACCUUGUGCGGUACAUUAGCGAAGCCUGCAGAAGGUUGUCUUCAAACGUAUACAGUUGUUGAGGCUGAUACAUGUGUUGCAGUCUCUGAAAGAUAUGGAAUUAACGAGAAGGAAUUUUAUAAUAUGAAUCCUGGACUUCAUCACAGCGCCAAACAUGAUUGUGAUAAUUUAGAUAUCGGAAAACAAUAUUGCGUCUGUAUGACCGAGCCUUGCUCUGCUUCCAACGUUCCGAACAACUCAACAAAUUCCGAUCCGAUGAUGCCCUCAAUGACUGCAGCUCCUGCUCCAUCUGCUGCUCCUUCUGCUGCUCCAUCUGCUGCUCCAUCUGCUGCUCCAUCUGCUGCUCCAUCUGCUGCUCCAUCUGCUGCUCCAUCUGCUGCUCCUUCUGGUGUUCCUACUUCUCCAUUGGAUAAUCCUAUCGCACAACCCUCUGGUCCUGCUGCUAGUAAUCAACCUAUAACACCCACUACUCCUCCCAAUAAUAGUCUCAACAGUAUGAAUCCUGCACCUACAGCUUCUAAUAGUGGAGCCAUGAUCAGUGGCAGUAUGAAUGCUCAUCAAGCUGCUCAAACGAUGAAUUCUGCCACUUCAGUUACAUGGAAUUUAGCAAGCUUAGGUUUCAUCUUCACAGCGACAGCAGCAGGUUAUGCUUUAUUCUAAACUCCUUUGAGUAAUGUACUAGUUCUUUAUCAUAUUUAUUAUAUCUGAAU